AUGGUGUUGCCUUCAAAGGAAAGUUUGGAGGAAAGCUUUGAAGCAUUUUCAACGAAGAAUGAUGAUAAUAUGGAACCACGCGUAAAAUUACCACAAAAGAGGUUCUACCGCCAGCGGGCUCAUUCCAAUCCCAUCGCAGAUCAUAGCUUUGAUUACCCCGCUGAACCGCAAUUGUACGAUUGGAGCCAACUUUACCCUAACAGGAAAGACAACCGGGUGGAAUUCGCAGACAUUGGCUGUGGAUAUGGAGGGUUUUUGGUAACGCUUGGAGAGACAUAUCCUGAUAAAUUAGCCCUCGGAAUGGAGAUUCGAGUGAAAGUGUCCGAUUAUGUCAUGGAUCGCAUUAAAGCCUUGCGCCAAUUACACCAGGGAAAGUAUGAAAACAUAGCGUGCAUCCGGACAAAUGCCAUGAAGUAUCUUCCUAAUUUCUUUCGUAAACAUCAACUCGAAAAGCUUUUCUUCCUCUAUCCGGAUCCGCAUUUCAAAAAAGCGAAACAUAAGUGGCGUAUUAUAAACCCCACACUGUUGAGCGAGUACGCUUACGUACUCAAACCGGGUGGUAAAAUUUAUACUGUAACGGAUGUGCUGGAGCUUCACGAAUGGAUGUGUAAGCAUAUUGAGGAACAUCCAUGCUUUGUACGGGUGCCUGAGGAUGUAGCUCAGCAAGACAUACUGGCAGUAAAACUCCUUGAUAGCAGUGAAGAAGGUCAGAAAGUGACUCGUAUGAGCGGUAAGAAGUUUAUGGCUAUUUUUACACGAUUAUAA